CCAUCUCUUCAUUGCCCUCCCCGUCAAUUCGUCCAUCCGAUUCCCACAAUCGCCGACAGCAGCAGCAAUGGCGCAGAUGCGAGGACCGGGUAGCUACGGCAUCGCCGCGCCGAGUCCAUUCGGCGGGCCGACCGACGACAAGUCAGCGCAGAGCCCGCUCGAGGCGAUCCGCGAGCAGACGAGCAAGAUCGAGGACCUGAUGGACACCGUGAGCGAGCCGAUCAAGCCCUACUUGCCCGCCAUCGGCCGCUUCCUGAUCGUUGUGACCUUCAUCGAAGACGCCAUCAGAAUAAUAACACAAUGGACUGACCAGCUGCUCUAUCUGCACGACUACCGCCACAUCCCCUCCGGCCUGACGCACCUGUUCCUCAUCCUCAACGUGAUCGCCAUGGUGACGUGCUCGACCCUGGUCAUCAUUCGCAAGCACUCCGAGUACGCCGUGGGCGGGCUGAUCGCCGUCGUCAUCACGCAGGCGCUCGGCUACGGCCUCAUCUUCGAUCUCAACUUCUUCCUGCGCAACCUCUCCGUCAUGGGCGGCCUCCUGAUGGUGCUCUCCGACUCGUGGGUGCGCAAGACCAAGGCCUUCGCCGGCCUGCCCCAGCUCGAGGAGAAGGACCGCAAGAUGUACUUCCAGCUCGCCGGCCGCGUCCUGCUCAUCUUCCUGUUCAUCGGCUUUGUCUUCAGCGGCCAGUGGUCCAUCUGGCGCGUCCUGGUCUCGCUUGUCGGUCUGGUGGCCUGCGUCAUGGUGGUCGUCGGGUUCAAGGCCAAGUUCAGUGCCACCCUGUUGGUCGUCAUUCUGAGCGUCUUCAACGUACUGGUCAACAACUUCUGGACGCUUCAUGAGCAUCACCCGCACAAGGACUUUGCCAAGUACGACUUCUUCCAGAUCCUCUCCAUCGUCGGCGGUCUCCUCCUCCUCGUCAACAGCGGCCCUGGCCAGUUCAGCAUCGACGAGAAGAAGAAGGUUUACUAAGCAUCUCGCACGGACAAACUGGUCGCUGGUUUGACCGAAUUGCCAUACGCCAAACGCAAGAGACGAAAUAUGCAACUGGUUCUCGGACAAACGCUUUGGGGCGACUCGGGAUCCGGGCAAGAGUGGACUGAAGUUGUGGAAAAGGGUUUCAUUGGUCGGAACUAUCAUCCCAUCACUUCAGGGUGUGUGACCCAUGUUUUUGAUGUAGAAAGCAAACAGCGCCAAUAAGUAACGGGAACUUGGGGUCAUGGAGUUU